AUGCCCGGACGACGGCCCAACGGCUUCGCCGCCGCCGCGUCGUCCUCCCCGUCCCCGGCGCUCAGCGCGUCCGAGCGGGACCUCUACGACUUCAUCUGCAGCGGCCCACUGGUGGACAGGAUCGGCCACACCAAGGAGAAGGUCGCCGGCUCCAUCGACCGGUGGCUUCGCUGCGGGGUUCAGGUGGCGCGCCUCCUCCGCCUCGACGAGCGCCGGCUGUCGGAGGCCGAGAAGGCCCGGGUGUACCAGUUCUACAUCCCCGUCUUCCUCUGGUGCGAGGACCAGGUCGUAGAGCACAGAGCCAAGUACGACGACGGCGACGACAUCCCGCCAUUGGUGAUCGGGGUCAGCGCUCCCCAAGGAAGUGGAAAGACGACUCUAGUCUCCGCACUUGAUCAUCUUUUUCAGGUUGCUGGUAGGAAAUCCGCCACAUUGUCUAUAGAUGACUUCUAUUUGACAGCAAAAGAGCAGAAUGAACUGAGGGACAGAUAUCCUGGAAAUGCUCUUUUAGAGCUCCGUGGAAAUGCUGGAAGCCACGAUCUCCAAUUCAGUGUUGAAACACUCGAGUCACUGAUGAAACUAACAAAGGAAGGCAUCAAGAUGAAGGUUCCACGGUAUGACAAGUCUGCUUUUGGGGGAAGAGGCGAUCGUGCUGAUCCUUCUGUAUGGCCGGAGGUUGAAGGGCCCUUAGAGGUUGUUCUCUUUGAAGGAUGGAUGCUUGGAUUUAAACCUCUUCCAAAUGAAGUUGUGAAAGCAGUGGAUCCCCAGCUCGAGGUGGUUAACAAGAACCUUGAAGCAUACUAUGACGCUUGGGACAGGUUCAUCAAGUCAUGGAUCGUUAUAAAAAUAAGAGAACCUAGUUGUGUCUACCAGUGGAGGCUGCAGGCAGAGAUAGCCAUGAAAGCAGAUGGAAAACCUGGAAUGUCUGAUGAGGAGGUGCAUUCCCUGACAAAGCUAUCUCUUAUUUAA